UUAACCCAGAACAGACAGUAGAGGUCGGGCUACAUCCACAGGAGAGAUUCAGAGUGUGUUUAUUUAGGUCAGUACAGCCAAACAGUCAUUAAGGCCAUCAGACGUCCCGCUGCAUCCUUACUUUCGUUUUUGUCAUUCAGGGAGGAAAAUGAGUCACUGAGGAGGUGAUUUCUCCAGAGACUAAAGAAAGUAAACGAGUUGUUUACUACUUCUUUGAACAGACUGGAAUCAGAUAGAUGAUUUUGGUCCAGUUAAGCUUCCUUCGUUUAAGUUCAGACCUUGUUGCACUCUUACGCAACUUUACGGUUUCCCAAAAGUAUUCCAUUUAUCAUCUUUCCUCUUUUAGUUCUUUUAUGUCUUAUUGUUUAAAACUGAUCAUUUCGUUGCCUUCUUAUCGCUUUGCAGGGAUAAGCUGACAUAACACUGUAUCAUGAACAUGUUGCGUCUCUCUGUUUGUCUCUGCGCUCCUGGAGUCUUUUGUGUCGACAGUUUCCUCCGCUGCAGACGAGCGAUGCGCCGCCAGCAUCCACCCGCUCCAGAGGAGAGAAGAGAAGCAUCAUGAACACAUCACACUGCCGCGAUUUCUGAAGGGUGGAAACACCGAGAGAAAUAUUUAUUCUAAAGCCUUUAAAAGGUUAAAGAAACGUUUCCUGACUGACUGACGGUGCUGUGGACACGGAUCUCUUCAGCGAGGCUUCCAACCACCUUUACAAACGGAGGCAGACGGGGGAAAGGAGAAGAAAGGGGGGAGGGAAAAUGCUUAAAGUUUGGUCGUGUUGUCCACAAGCGCGACCCCGUAUCAGCUGCAGAAAAUGAGAAGGAAUUAAACGAAGAAUGCAUGUCGUUUGGGAUUUUUCAGUGAUUCUGCAAACAUACAUCAUCUGCACUUCUUCAGCAGCUCAGCCUAUUACAUCAAAGCUGGAUGAGGGUUGGUGGGCAUACAAGGAUGUUGUCCAAGGAAGCUUUGUUCCAGUGCCAUCCUUCUGGGGUCUGGUGAACUCAGCCUGGAACUUGUGCGCCAUCGGGAAGAGGCAGUCCCCCAUCGACGUAGAAACCAGCCACAUGAUCUUCGACCCCCACCUGACCCCUCUCAGGCUGAACACAGGAGGUCGUAAGAUGGGCGGCACCAUGUACAACACCGGGAAGCAUGUGUCCCUGCGGCCGGACAAAGCCCACCUGGUGAACAUCUCUGGAGGCCCCCUGGGUUACAGCUACCGACUGGAGGAGGUUCGCCUUCACUUUGGGAGCGAAGACUCUCAGGGUUCAGAGCACCUCCUCAAUGGACAGGGCUUUCCUGGAGAGGUCCAGUUGAUCCAUUAUAAUCAGGAUCUCUACGCCAACUACACUGAGGCAGCAAAGAGCCCUCAUGGCAUUGCGGUGGUCUCCAUCUUCAUAAAGGUUUCAGAAAACUCCAAUUCCUUCCUCAACCGCAUGCUGAAUAGAGACACCAUCACCAGAAUUAACUACAAACAUGAUGCAUUCUUAUUAAUGGGCCUGAACAUAGCCGACCUCUACCCCGACACCACGCGCUACAUCACCUACGAGGGCUCCAUCACCAUCCCUCCCUGCUAUGAAACCUCCACAUGGAUACUCAUCAACAAGCCCAUUUAUGUGACACAGAUGCAGAUGCACUCCUUGCGCCUCCUUAGCCAGAAUGAGCCAUACAAGAUCUUUCUGAGUAUGAGUGACAACACCCGACCCGCCCAGCCUCUGCUGCAGCGCUGCAUCCGAACCAACAUCAACUUCAGCAAGCAAGGCCGCGACUGCCCCAACAACCGCGCCCUGCGUCCUCAGUACAGAGUGAAUCAGUGGCUCCUGAAGUAAACGAUUAAUAAGAGAAAAAAAGGACAUGCAGCUGCAACGCCGCGAAGAGAAAGAUGCAGGACUCAUUCCAGUCAACUUCACUGUCAAACUGAGCUAAGCUAACCAUGCAGGAGAUAAAGACAGCUCAACCAAACCAACAUCGGCUAAGCUCGGUUUACCAAGCACCCAACCGACUGCUGCGCUGGCCUCCUUCUCCACACCUACAGUCCAACACAACCCACCGGGCCGGCGCAGCAAGGGUACGGAUCAGCCCUGAGUCUGAAAUAAACCAUAAGGUCUCUGACGUCUACAUUGUUCUGUGUUCUCAUUUGUUUUGUCAGCUCGCAGAGACUACUGAGGUAAAGACUCAGUCCCUUUGUGGCUGGGAUGAAAGUUAUCUAAAGAGGACCGAGUGUGAUGUCAGACUGUGAUCAUCCCUGAGAUCCAGGACCCAGAGAACAUGUAAUCUUCUCACUAGAGAAUUUACAUUUGUACUGAUGGUCUGAACCGGCGGCAACAGAGAGCACUCAGCUGUAAGAUAAUGAGAGGUAUGCUGGUCCCGAUAUCAAAUAGUAACUAAAGAAGGUAAUUUUCAAAGAGAAUGUGAAAUGUGUGAAGUUCAGGUUAUAUUGCUUAAGGGGGAAACAUGGGCUGAAUAUCAUGUUGUAUUUCAAAACUGGGGAAAAAACGAAGCUUUGAACAGUUGAAAUUCAGUGUUUGAAACUUUGAUGUGUAAUUAAAAAAAGGUUUUAAAAGAAGGCUGAAAGAAAGUUUUGUAGGAUUGUGUAAUUCUUUACACACUAGACUGCAGAAAAUUUCUGACACAUCUGCAGGCGUUCGUAUCUAAUUAAGUUCUGCUCUUCACAUCUGCAGCCGCCUUGAACUGCUGGAAACAAACCAAUAGUCUAGUUUUCAGGUUUCUACAUGGAGUCACGGUGGGUUUAUGUUUUAACCUUUAAAGCCCCAGGACAUCUUUUUCGUGUGUAUGUUAUUUUUAUGUAAAAAAUGCACUCUAAUUAUUAGUUGAGUUGACUGACUCUUUAAUCAGAUUUAUGCAAGUUGUUUAGUUCUUUCAAAUAAAGACUAAGUCACAUUGACUCGCUGUCACGGAAAGUCAAA